AUGAUUCCUCGGACUGAAAUAUGCGGAAACUACACACGUGUACCACCUAUUUAUAAUACAUCUACUUGCGACACAUUACAAACACAAACAACAGGAUCUAAUUUAGUUUUACAAAGUAAUGCUCCCUCUAAAAGAGGAAGACGAUCAAAUGUCCCACCUGAAAUUAGAGAACAGACACGUCGGUUGAAGAAACAAAAUAUGGAACGUAGACGACGUGCAUGUAUCUCCGAUAAAAUGAAUGCAUUGCAUAAUUUAGCAAUGAAUCUAAUUGGAAUCGAUCCACAUGAAUGUCAUAAAGUCGAAAAAGCCGAUAUAUUAAAUCUAUGUCACAGUGUAUUUAAAGGAAUUGCUAACAUUGCUAAAGAUGAACCUGAAUUACAAACACGUUUAAGAAAAUUGCGUCAUAAUUUAAUUGAGUCGUCUUCUUGUACUACCUCACUGCCACACAAAUCAGCAUUACUUACAACAAAUGACUCGAAUGAAUACACAGAUAAAAUAAACAAAUGGGAUAAUAAUGAACAUAAUUCUCAGAAUGGAAAGAUUCAAGAGAUAUAUCAAUUCCAAGAGAACCAAGAUAAUGGUCUUCAGGAUCAUCAUCAUCAUCGUCCUCAAGAGCAACGGCAAUAUCCGUACUUGAACAACACUAUCUCCUUAUCCAGUACACCAAAAAACUUAACAACGUCAAUUACACAUAAUGAUACGAAUCAAAGCACAGAUGAAAACAAUAAAGAGAAUCGAAUACCUAAGUUAAUUAUUAAAAAUCCUUUAUUAUCUAAUAAUUAUCCUAUUAAUGAUUGUAUCACAUCAUCAAUGAUUAAAACACCUACUUCUAUACCAGUGAAUAAUUUAUAUAUGAACAGUAUGAUUAAUUCACAGAAUAAUGAAACAAUAAUACAAUGUCAAUCAACACCUUUACAUUAUUUAAAUAAAUUCAACUCAACAGUGAAUAAUUCUAAUAGUGGUUUCGUUAGUAGUAAUGACCAAUCGAUAAAAUUAACAAUUCAUAAGAAGAAGAUGCCUAUUUUUAACGAACAUCAUAGACUGAACACUAUUAGUGACCUUAACGUUCUCUCCACUGAGUCAUCUUCAAUGUUGUGUAAUUUAAAAACGAAAAACUUACCAUCGUGGUCAUCAUCGUUAUCAUCAACGCAAUUAAUGUCAGGAGAACAUUUAUCAGCAUUUAGUGUACCAACAAGAAAACCACUUACUGUUAUCACAAAUCAAUUAACUACAAAUAAUUUUACACAUAAUAAUCAAUAUUAUCAAAGUCAAAAAUCAGUUAAAACAAGUAAAAAUAUAAAUCCUUCUUCUAUAUCUAUUCCAACUAUACCUGAGAAUACAGAGACAUCUAUAAAAAAUAUUGUCAAACCAAUGUGGAGACCAUAUUUAGAUUAGACAUUCCAUUGAAAAAAUGUUUACUAACAGUAAUUUAAACUGUACAUAAUCAACAAUGAUAUUAUGUUCUCAGAAGUAAACAUUUCAAUAUUGUAUAAUGCAUAAAGAUAACCCAAGGAUUAAAAUAGAUUAUUGAUUUUAUUUUACAGAAAAAAUUUUUAACAAUAAGAAAACUAUUUUUUUCUUUUCUUUUUUAAACCUAAAACUAUUGUACAAAAUGUUAUUUAAUUUUAGAGAACAUAUUUUUUUCUAUCUAAAUACUAUACAUUUAAAUAAACAAAAGUAAAUAUUCUUGUCUUUUUUUCCAAAAAAAUAUAUAAAUUUUCGUAAUUGAUCAUUGAAUUCAAAUAUUGGUUAAGUGGUUAAUGGGAGUUUUUAUUUCAAAAUGAUUUUUCUAAUGAAUGUGUUAAGUAACAUCGAAAAAAAAACUUAUUGACAAGUUAUUUUGUACUUAG